AUGCAAGACCUCCGAAAACCAUCUAUCAAGGUCCUGGACUCGGACCAGGUCAAUGAUGCUAGUGCUCAGGCUCUGGCCGACCAAAACUCCACUAAUGUCAUGAUGAUUAAGGCAGAAGAAGAUUGGCACGCCCCAUUUAUGGUCUUGAUCACCAACCAGAUGGCACAAGAGGACAAGAUAGAGCAUGAAAAAAUAGCUCGACGCAGUGCAAACUAUGUCGUCAUCGACGAGGAGCUCUACAGGAAAGUUGCAUCCACAGGCAUCCUAAUGAAGUACAUUUUGCAUAGCGAGGGCCUCGAACUCCUGCAUGAAAUCUACUCAGGAACAUGCAGCAACCACGCCGCCUUGGGCACUUUGGUCAGCAAUGCCUUCCGCUCUAGUUUCUACUCACCAACAACGGUAGCCAAUGCAAAAGAGCUUGUCCAAAGGAGCAAAGGGUGCCAAUUCUUCUCCAAGUAG